AUGUCCGCCCCAUCAAUACCCAACCUUCUCUCCCUCCGCGGCAACCGUGGAGGAUCCCGAGGCCGGGGCCGGGGCGGCUCACACCGGGGUAGCUCCUCCGGGCCAUCAGCCAGCCAUGACACCACAAUCCAGGGAACCGACGCCGACGCUGCUGUCUCCCGCCUCAGCGCCGUAGAACUAGACUACCUCAUCGACCCCUUCGCCAGCUACUUCGUAGCUCCCUCACCACCACCGUUCCACUCCGGUCCAGGCCCAGGACUACCCACACGCCGCAGACUCCCAAUAAUAAACAGAGGAACAUACACCCGCACGACAGCGAUAGACAUCCUCAUCCACCGCUUCCUCUCCAGCACUUUCUCCACCGGCAAACCCCGGCAGAUAGUCUCCCUCGGAGCAGGAACAGACACCCGCUGCUUUCGAUUAUUCACCUCGUCUCAAAAACACCAAAAUAUCCACUAUCAUGAAAUAGACUUCCCGGUUAUCAUCUCCAAGAAGAACACCCUCAUCCGGACAGUCCCAGCGCUGAACGGCAUCCUCUCCCCGCCAAUGCCACUCCCAAACCCGGCCACGAACCAGUCUUAUGUCUCGAAGCAGCAUGCGAACCUAGAAACAGGCAAUACCCUCACUCUCCACCCGCUUGAUCUCCGGUUUUUUCCAUCUUCUCCUUCCUCCCUUCCGGGACUAUCACAGGAGUGCCCGACACUGCUGCUGUCCGAAUGCUGCCUUUGCUACCUCCCACCUUCGACAGCAUCGGAUAUAAUCACCUCUUUUACGUCUUGUUUUCCUAGUUUGGGGCUGGUGAUUUACGAGCCGAUUUUGCCGGAGGAUGCGUUUGGACGGAUGAUGAUUUCUAAUCUUGCUGCGCGGGGGGUGACGAUGCCGACUUUGGCGGUGUACCAGACGCAGGAGGACCAGGAGAGGAGGUUGCUGGAGGCUGGGUUUAGGGAGGUGAGGAGUAAGACUGUGGAUCAGAUUUGGGAGGAGUGGGUGGGGGAAGGGGAGAGGGAGAGGGUGGAUGGGUUGGAGAGGUUGGAUGAGGUGGAGGAGUGGAAGUUGUUGGCGGGGCAUUAUGUGGUUGUUUGGGGGUGGAAUGAGGGGGAGGGGGUGAGGUUGGAGGUGGGGAGGGGGGAUGAUGAUGAGGGGGAUGAGACGGAGUAG